AUGCUCGAAAAACUCAAGCUAGGAAAGCUCAGUCUCAUCAACAGAACAAACACCGCCGGGCUUAGCGGGCGCCACUUGCGUCUCGCCAUCACCAUCACCGCCGUCACCGGUUUCUCGCUCUUCGGCUACGACCAAGGGCUCAUGUCCGGGCUCAUCACCGGUGACCAGUUCAACGACGAGUUCCCGGCCACCAAGGAGCUCAGCGACAACGACAGACACGCCACCGUCGUCCAGGGCGCUGUCACCUCCUGCUACGAAAUCGGGUGUUUUUUCGGCUCUCUGUUCGUCAUGUUCAGAGGUGAACACAUCGGCAGAAAGCCACUUGUCAUCCUGGGCUCCAUCGCCACCAUCGUCGGUACCGUCAUCUCCACCUCGGCCUUCGGCCCCCACUGGGGUCUCGGCCAGUUCGUCGUCGGCAGAGUCAUCACCGGCAUUGGUACCGGUCUCAACACCUCCACCAUCCCCGUGUGGCAGUCUGAAAUGUCCAAGCCCGAAAACAGAGGGCUCUUGGUCAACCUGGAAGGUUCCGUCAUCGCUCUCGGUACUAUGAUCGCCUACUGGAUCGAUUUCGGCCUCUCCUACGUCAACACCUCUGUCCAAUGGCGUUUCCCCGUGGCCAUGCAAAUUGUGUUUGCGCUCCUGCUGCUCGCCGGUAUCCUGCAACUGCCCGAUUCCCCACGUUGGUUGAUGUCCCAGGGUAGACGUAACGAGGCCCUCUACGUGCUCGCCAAACUCGACGACCUAGAAGUCACGGACGACGCCAUCGUCGCUGAGGCAACCAUGAUCCAAGACGCCGUCAACCGCUUCAGACACGAGAAAAGAUCCAUCAAGGACUUGUUCACCGGGGGCAAAUCCCAGAAUUUGCAAAGAGCUCUCGUUGCCUCUUCCACCCAGUUCUUCCAACAAUUCACCGGUUGUAACGCUGCCAUUUACUACUCCACCGUCCUGUUCAAAAAAACCAUUGGUUUGGAACCAAGACUGGCCUUGAUCCUGGGCGGUGUCUUUGCAACCAUCUACGCCUUGUUUACCAUCCCAUCUUUCUUCCUGAUCGAGCGUAUGGGUAGACGUAACCUGUUCCUCAUCGGUGCAUCCGGCCAAGCCAUCUCGUUCACCAUCACUUUUGCGUGUUUGAUCAAGGAUACCACCCAAAACGCUAAAGGUGCUGCUGUCGGUUUGUUUUUGUUCAUCUGCUUCUUCGGUAUGUCCAUCCUAUCGUUGCCUUGGAUUUACCCUCCAGAGAUUGCCUCCAUGAGAGUCCGUUCCGCCACCAACGCCUUGGCCACCUGUACCAACUGGUUGUGUAACUUCGCGGUUGUCAUGUUCACUCCAAUUUUCAUCAACCAAACUGGUUACGGUUGCUACCUCUUCUUCGCGGUCAUCAACUACCUCUACAUCCCAGUUAUUUUCUUCUUUUACCCAGAAACCGCUGGAAGAUCUUUGGAAGAAAUCGAUAUCAUCUACGCCAAGUCCUAUGCCGAUGGUACACAAGCCUGGAGAGUUGCCGCCAACUUGCCAAAGCUUUCUUACUCCGAAGUUGAAGACCAAGGUAACGCCCUGGGUCUAUUUGAUGACGAUCUGGAAAAGGAAGAAAUUGAAAUGGACGAAGAUGCUGACCGGGAAAACGACACUGGCGCCAAUAAUUACACCUUGUUCCAAAAGAAGAACGAACAAGACAACAACCAACUCUCAGGUGACGGUUCUUCCUCUUCUCAGAAGACCGAAAACUGA